CGAGCCGCCGCGGCGGCUCCGGCCGUGCGGGGAAACCGAAAGUGGGCGGCGGCCGCGGUUGUGGCCCUGGCUGAGACGGCGACGGGAGCUGGGCCCAGAGGUGCGGGGACGGGCCGUGGGCCCCCGGGACGAGGUGAAGAUGCUGGAAGCAGAUCUGGUUUCAAAAAUGCUACGAGCUGUCCUACAGUCUCAUAAGAACGGAAUAGCAUUACCCCGACUCCAAGGAGAGUACAGAUCCUUGACUGGAGACUGGAUCCCCUUUAAGCAGUUAGGUUACCCUACACUAGAAGCCUAUCUGAGAAGUGUGCCAGCAGUUGUGAGGAUAGAGACUAGUAGAUCUGGAGAGAUUACCUGCUAUGCCAUGGCCUGUACAGAAACUGCAAGAAUUGCUCAGCUUGUGGCUCGUCAGAGGAGUUCUAAAAGGAAAACCGGGCGGCAAGUUAAUUGUCAGAUGAGAGUAAAGAAAACCAUGCCAUUUUUUCUAGAAGGAAAACCAAAAGCAACCCUCAGACAACCAGGAAUUUCUUCAGAUUUUUCUAUCAGCAAAAAACCUAACCCAACACUGUUAAGAGACAAAGGAAACUCUCUUGGAGUUAAGUCUGAUGCUGAAAUGCCGCCUUACACAUUACACACAACUAUUGGAAGUGAAGUAUUCAAAGACGUUCCAGUGCAGAGGCAUGUGACCAUGUCUACCAACAACAGGUUUAGCCCAAAGGCAUCCCUUCCACCACCCUUUCAGAUGCAUCUCUCAAGAACCUGUGCUAAGGAGAUGAGUGAUAAUUUAAAUCAGACUGUUGAAAAACCAAAUGUCACGCCUCCUGCCUCUUACACUUAUAAGAUGGAUGAGGUUCAAAACCGCAUAAAGGAAAUACUAAACAAGCAUAACAAUGGCAUUUGGAUAUCUAAGCUUCCACAUUUUUACAAAGAGUUAUAUAAAGAAGAACUUAAUCAAGGAAUUUUACAACAAUUUGAACACUGGCCUCAUAUUUGCACGGUACGUUUCUCCUUAUUCCUCCCUUCUGAUAUCACGAACGUUCACAGCAGCCGAGCUCUUGAUGUUCAGUUCCUGGACUCUGGCACUGUGACAUCUGUGAAAGUGUCCGAACUCAGGGAAAUCCCCCCACGGUUUCUACAAGAAAUAAUUGUGAUCCCACCUCAGUAUCAUCAGGUAUGCUAUGUUGACUAUGGUUUUAGUGAAAAUAUUGAAAAGAGCAAAGCAUACAAAUUGAACCCAAAGUUCUGUUCACUCUCAUUCCAAGCUACAAAGUGUAAGCUAGCAGGGUUGGAAGUUUUAAGUGAUGAUCCUGAUUUAGUAAAGGUGGUUGAAUCUUUAACUUGUGGAAAGAUCUUUGCAGUGGAAAUACUUGAAAAAGCGGAUAUCCCGCUUGUUGUCCUAUACGACACCUCAGGAGAAGAUGACGUCAAUAUUAAUGCCACCUGCUUAAAGGCGAUCUGCGACAAGUCUCUGGAGGCUCACCUUCAGAUUGACGCUAUGUACACAAAUGUCAGAGUGACUAAUAUUUGCUCUGAUGGCACACUCUACUGCCAGGUGCCUUGUAAAGGUCUGAACAAGCUCAACGAUCUUCUGCAUAAGAUAGAGGACUACUUCCAUUGUAAGCACAUGACCUCCGAGUACUUCGUUUCGUUACCCUUCUGUGGGAAAGUCUGCCUCUUCCACUGCAAAGGAAAAUGGUUACGAGUAGAG